AGAAGAAAAACUCCCCAGUGCUGGUCACUGCAUGUCAGGAUGGCAACCUCAAACCUGGAGAACCAGCUGCAGAGUGCCCAGAAGAAUCUGUUGUUUCUCCAGCGGGAACACGCCAACACGCUGAAGGGCCUGCACGCCGAGAUCCGCCGCCUGCAGCAGCACUGCACAGAUUUAACCUAUGAGCUGACUGUAAAGAGUUCAGACUUGUCAGGAAAUGGUAGUUCAAGAAGUGAUGAACUCAAAAGGAAGUGUGAAGAUCUCGAAGCUCAGCUGAAAGUCAAAGAGGCUGAAAAUAAUGAGUUACUGAAAGAACUUGAACAAAAGAAUGCAAUGAUAAUGGUGCUGGAGAACACUAUCAAAGAAAGAGAAAAGAAGUAUUUGGAAGAGUUGAAAAUGAAAAGCCAUAAGCUCAAUAUGUUGUCAAGUGAACUAGAGCAGAGAGCGAGCACUAUCGCUUAUUUAACUUCUCAACUGCACGCUACUAAGAAGAAGCUGAUGAGUUCAAGUGGGACUUCAGAGGGGACCCCUUCUGGCAGUCCCGUGUUGUCCAGCUAUAAGCCGUCCCCUCCCAAAGAUAAACUGCCGGAGACUCCGCGGCGCAGAAUGAAGAAGAGUCUGUCAACACCACUCAACCCCGAGUUUGAAGAGGCCUACAGAAUAGGGUCGGAUAGCCGGAAGCUGCUGUUGCGAGAGCCUGUGGAUGCCAUGCCCGAUCCCACUCCCUUUCUGUUGGCCAGGGAGACGGCAGAGGUGCACCUGAUUAAGGAGAGGCCGUUAGUUAUUCCACCUAUUGCUUCCGAUCGUGCGUCCGGUGAAUCGCACAGCCCAGCCCGAGAGAAGCCGCACAAGGCGCACAUCGGGGUGGCCCAUCGCAUCCACCACGUCGCACCAUCCCAGCCUCAGCCGGAGGUGGAAACGCUGGCAGUGGAUCAGGUCCAUGGAGGCAAAGUGGUCAGGAAGCACUCGGGGACAGACAGAACUGUUUGAGUCACGUCACUGAAACCCUCUACUCUGUUGCUGUUUAUGCACUGUGAUCCUGUAGGAUAAAUAGCACCUGCAGUAAAGUUUCUUUUCAUGCCCCAUGCAUGCCAAACUUCUCCCAGAUACAUCAUUAAUAGAUUACGCUCCUCUAAGGAAACCUGACCUGACUGUGUUCAUAUGGCGAGGUACAUCACUACUCAAUGCUGUGGCCAAAUCAGGGGUACCUGACCGCUUGCUUCUGAGCGCUGCUCCCUU